AUCAUCAUGGGGAGCCUUAACGUUAAUCGCAACGUCAGCGAUGCGUUCUAUCGCUAUAAAAUGCCCAGAAUUCAAGCCAAAGUUGAGGGCAAGGGAAAUGGCAUAAAAACUGUCAUUGUUAAUAUGGUUGAAGUGGCGAAAGCCAUUGGUAGACCGGCCACUUAUCCGACCAAGUAUUUUGGAUGUGAACUCGGUGCACAAACUCAAUUUGAUUUCAAGAAUGAAAGAUUUAUCGUUAAUGGUUCGCAUGACGCGACCAAAUUGCAAGAUCUACUCGAUGGCUUUAUUCGGAAGUACGUUUUAUGUCCUUCCUGUGAUAAUCCUGAGACUGAACUCUUGGUCAGCGCAAAGAAAGGCACCAUCUCGCAGGGCUGUAAAGCGUGCGGUCAUCAUGGUCUGCUCGAGACCAAUCACAAGCUCAACACUUAUAUCCUGAAAAAUCCUCCUAGUUUGAAUCCUGCAGCUCAAGGCAGUUCCCUCACCGAGGGCAAGCGAGGCAAGCGUUCAAAGAAGAAUGGUGACGUGAACGGCGAUCGUUCAGGAUCACCUGAUAAUGAAACAAGUACAACGGACAUUGUUGUAGAGGCGCCAGUAAAAAUGGCAAAUGAAGAUGACGACGAUUCAAAUUGGGCCGUGGACGUUUCCGAGGAAGCUGUUCGUGCGCGUCUACAGGAUUUGACAGAUGGCGCAAAGGGAAUGACCAUCAGUGACGAUCUCGAAAAGACUGAAAAGGAACGUAUGGAUAUAUUUUAUAAAUUGGUGAAAUGUCGUCGUGACGCGGGUCAAUUGGAUAAUCCAAAGGAACUUGUUUCUGAGGCCGAACGUCUUGAGAUCAAGACCAAAGCACCAUUGGUACUUGCAGAAUUGCUUUUCGAUCAGGGUAUUGCUGCUCAAAUCAAAAAACAUCGCUUGCUAUUGCUUCGCUUCACUCACGGUGAUAGUAAGGCACAAAAAUAUCUUCUCCGAGGAAUCGAGCAGAUCAUUGCUUUACAUAAGGAUGUAUUGAUGCCGAAGGUGCCUGGAAUUUUCAAACUAUUUUAUGAUUCUGAUAUCUUGGAGGAAAAAGCUUUCUUGGAGUGGGAGAGUAAGGUCAGCAAGAAGAACGUUUCAAAGGACUUGUCUCAGGAAAUUCAUGAUAAAGCUGCGCCAUUUAUAACUUGGUUGAAAGAAGCCGAGGAAGAAGAAUCCGAAUCAGAAGAAGAAGACGAUGAUCUUGAGAUUGAGUAUGACGAUCGAGCGAAACAGCCUCUGAAACAGCAACAACAGCAAACCGCAAAACCGCCCGUUCAGAACAAUGACUCCGACGGGGGAGAAGAUUUAGACAUCGAUAACAUUUAAAAAAACAAAAGGAAAUUUAUCAAUAAUCCGCCACAAAAAAAGCAGAUCGCUAUUAUGACGACCAUGAUCAUUUUUAAUAGGAUACAAAGAAUCACAAUAAGCUGACAGUUAAUGUAGAUUUUUUCUUAUAUCGUAAAACCAAAAAUUGGUGUUUACGCAUAUAUACAAUAUUCAAAACAAAGCAAAAAAAAAAAAAAUUUUAACUAUAUCCAAUUUUAGCAAGCCUCUUGUACGGUGAUAUUUUUAAUUAUGUUUUUAUCUUUAUUCCCUUGUGAAUUCUUAAUUUUCAAAUGAUAAAAUGUUUUUUCUCCCUGCAAUCUCCUCUGCGCCCUACUAUUUCCACUUUCUUACUCUAGACAAAAAUAUCCCUUUUCUUCGAAUAUUAUUAGAUUUUGAAUAUUAUUUUUGAAAAGGUGGCCUGCUAAAAGCGUUCUCUAUUGUAUCUAUUUACUAUUCUAAUGAUAAUUCAAUAAAUAUGGUUUAUCACAUUA